UGUGCGAGGCCGUGCGUCGCGGGGGGCGGGGUCGCGCAGUCGCACCGGCGCCCCGGCUCCGGAGCAUAAACAAGAGCGGGGACGGGAUGAGGCGGCGGUUGAUCCCCGGGAGACUAGUGGUGGCAACGGAGGCGGCGAGCGGGGCCCGGCGCCGACACUGAGUGCAGCCUGACCCGCCCUCGCGCGCGCGCGCGCCCUCCCUGGCCGGGCCCACCCGCCGCGCGCCAGCCAUGAACCUGGCGAGCCAGAGCGGGGAGGCCGGCGCCGGCCAGCUGCUCUUCGCCAACUUCAACCAGGACAACACAGCAGUGAAAAGGGGAUCAAGAGCAACUGGUCCUGGCCAUCGCGCUGUUGUCUGGUCCCUAGCUGUUGGUAGUAAGUCCGGUUAUAAAUUUUUCUCCCUUUCUUCUGUGGAUAAGCUGGAACAGAUCUAUGAAUGCACCGACACGGAAGAUGUAUGCAUUGUAGAGAGAUUGUUCUCUAGCAGCUUAGUGGCCAUCGUGAGCCUUAAAGCACCAAGGAAGCUAAAGGUGUGCCACUUUAAGAAGGGAACUGAGAUCUGCAACUACAGCUACUCUAACACGAUUCUGGCUGUGAAGCUCAACAGGCAGAGGCUGAUAGUAUGCCUGGAAGAGUCCCUGUACAUCCACAACAUUCGGGACAUGAAGGUACUGCACACGAUCAGGGAGACGCCUCCAAACCCUGCAGGCCUGUGUGCGCUGUCAAUCAACAAUGACAACUGCUACUUGGCGUACCCAGGGAGCGCAACCAUCGGAGAGGUGCAGGUCUUCGAUACCAUUAAUUUGAGAGCUGCAAACAUGAUUCCGGCUCAUGACAGUCCUUUAGCAGCGUUGGCUUUUGACGCUAGUGGAACUAAGCUUGCCACAGCUUCGGAGAAGGGGACCGUGAUUAGGGUAUUUUCCAUUCCAGAGGGACAAAAACUCUUUGAGUUUCGGAGAGGAGUGAAGAGGUGCGUGAGCAUCUGCUCCCUGGCCUUCAGCAUGGACGGCAUGUUCCUCUCCGCCUCCAGCAACACGGAGACCGUGCACAUCUUCAAACUUGAGACUGUGAAAGAAAAACCCCCAGAGGAGCCCACCACCUGGACUGGGUACUUUGGGAAAGUGCUCAUGGCCUCCACCAGCUACCUGCCUUCCCAAGUGACAGAAAUGUUCAACCAGGGCCGAGCCUUCGCCACAGUCCGCCUGCCAUUCUGUGGCCACAAAAACAUCUGCUCGCUAGCCACAAUUCAGAAGAUCCCACGGUUGCUGGUGGGCGCCUCCGAUGGGUAUCUGUACAUGUACAACCUGGACCCCCAGGAGGGCGGCGAGUGCGCCCUGAUGAAGCAGCACCGGCUGGAUGGCAGUCUGGAGACAGCCAAUGAGAUCUUGGACUCUGCCUCUCACGACUGCCCCUUAGUCACUCAGACGUACGGGGCGGCUGCAGCAAAAGGUACUUAUGUGCCUUCAUCCCCAACAAGACUUGCCUAUGCAGAUGACCUGGGUGCCGUGGGUGGCACCUGCCUGGAGGAGGAGGCCAGCGCCCUGCGCCUGGAUGAGGACAGCGAGCAGCCCCCCAUGAUUCUUCGGACUGACUGAACUUGACCUAUGACCUAUGACCCGGGGAGCAGAGAACACUGGCUUCACAGAGGACUUUGUGCAUUGCUGCUAUUAACUUUGACCUGAGUCGGGGGAGAGGAUGGCAGAGACUUUAUUAAAAAAAAAAAAAAAGAUUGUAGUGGUAGUCUAACUCCAUAAUGCUGAGGAAAUACAUCCUUUUCACUUCAGUGGCUUUUAAUCCUGCUUAUGAAUUUUAGCUUUUUGUUUGUUUUCUCUUUUUGCCAAAAUUAACUGUCUGGUGAAGCCCGCAAAACCUCCUUGCUUUGCAUGCAUGAAUGUGCCAAGCCAGCGUAGGAGAGCUAGAAGCCACUUUCCAACACCUGCCGUUGGGGUUUUCAUAUCUGUACGCAUGCCGAGUGCGUCAGGAAGCCGUGGCCGCGCACGCUGGGUCUGCUCGUCAAGGCUGGUUCUGCAGUGACGGGUCCAGGGCUGCCCACUGGGCGUGCUGGGCGGACUUCGGCCUGGGACACGAGUCCUCUCUCCCUAGGGCCCCAUCUGGACCAUUUUCCCUCCAUUUUAUUUUGUUAAUUAAAUUCUUUCCAGAUUGGAUCAUCCUGGGAUUUUUUCUGUGGUGGACUUCUGUUUCUGAUCUUGUUUCUUCCCAUGUGGAUAUCGGAGGAGAGCAAGGUUCUUUCUGAUACUGAAAACCUUUGUGUCGGGCGGCAGAUGAACUUGAAAGAUUGCCUGGACUCCCUGGAGCAAAGGAAAGCGAUUUUGUUUGUGUAAUUAAAUAAUGCGUUCUUCUACUUUA